AUGGCCAUGCCACGGCAUGGAUCACCGCCGCCAUUCAUGGCAGAUCAAUCCAACUCUCCGCCGCAACACGCACACCACCCUCACUCCCACGCACAUCCGCCGACCCUCACGAAACGUGAUGUACGCCGAAACCGCAUCAUGGAGAAACUCCAGGGCAUGGUCAGCUCGUUUUCGGCAAACCAGAAUCAACACUACCGCGCCCAAUUGCAGGGUGUGCAAGUCGACAUGACAAUGGUGUUGCGUGCCGAUCCUUACAGCGCAGAGAGCGUGCUUGAGGAUAGCCACGAUGGUAUACGCGCGUUGACAGAGACAAUCAUGAAGGGCGACGUCAACGGCAAUGGUGGAGUCAGUCUACCCAACGAUGAAGCUGCCAGAGGGGAUUACUGGAGUUUGGCGGGCAAGCGAUAUACUGAAUUCGUCCGCGAGGUCAACAACUCCGUGGAAGAGCGGGAUGCCGACCUUACGGCACUACAUAAUGGCUUUCAAUCCUCCUCUGCUGAGCUUGAACGACUCUGCCAGCAACGACUUCACCAGGCCGAAGAGGAGCACAAAGCUCUUUCCCAGACGAUUCGCACUCGACUCAUCCAAACCCUCAACAAGAAACGACAGCUCCUACUGAAGGACAAAGAACAGCUUGACAUUGCCGACAGUAACGCCAWGCUCCUCCAUCCCAACCACUUUAGUAUCGGCAAUAACCCCGGGUCGCCAAGCCACAAUGGCACUGCGAUUAACAAGCGAGCAACACGAGUCUUGAGACAUCACCGCGGCGGAAGUCCCACAGCAGAGACGACAGAGAAUGGCAAGAAGAAGAGGAAGCUCAACCAGGCAGAUGACGAGCAAGCCAGCAACGAAUCGCCUAUGCCGGCGUUGGCUGGAGGCAGAAGUCCGCACAAAAAUGCUAGAAAAGAGCGAGAAUAUGCACAGUUCGAGGCACCUGUGUAUAGCCUGGACACCCUGUUUACGGAGAAAGAGCUGGCAAUGGCAACGGAUACGGCCAAGGUUGCGACUUACAAGUACUUCCACCAGCCACAACACGUUCAAGAGCAGGGUUCAAUUACCAAUGGCACGGCCGUGCCAUCCGUGGACGGCGAGGUUGUCGAAUCGGCGGAAGUGGUAGCGGAUCAAGACAUGGCAGACGCACCAGGAUUGAGCGGAAAUUCACCUCCGCCGUCCCAAGCAGCACCUGAGAUGGAGAGAACAGCCUCACAUCAAGUCCUCACACGAGGUGGUGCACGUGCUAAUCCUCUAGCUGCGCUGUCGGAUCUUGCAAAUGCCGCAGCGGCAGCAUCAUCGACCGCCCCGGUCAUUCGCGAGAAUCCCUUUACACCAGUCGCACCGCCAUACCACGCCGUCACUAGAAGUGAGAAAUCAGGGGCUCCCGCUCCGCCUCCUGUCAGCAGUCUAGAUAUGGAGAACGACUUUGAGAUGAUGCGUCGUGMAGGUGCCGAUGAUCCAGGAGACGAUGAUAUGGAAGGGGGCUCGCUGAGAGCAGAAGAGGCACGUGAAACCCGAGAUCAGCUAUUGGAUCAAGCCCUAGGCAUAUCAUCCGUUCAAGCACCAUAUCGACUGCCGCAGCUUGAGAAUGGACCCGGCGCAAUGAUUGGCCGCGGGGUCGAUCGAGAGGCACGGACGGGGUUCGCUCCGCUGCUCCCUGUCGUUACGGUGGUGGAGUCGCGGUUGAGAGGCAACCCUGGGCUGGGGCUCCCGGGCAGCAUGGCCGCGUCGCUCGGCCGUCUCGGUGGAGAACCUAUGAGUCGUACUACCAGCGCGGGUGGUGCUAGUGAGCUUGGUGACGCUUCUGGGCCAGGAAAGAGGGGCGGACGUGGAAAAUUGGUUUGA